AUGCAGAUACAGUUAGGGGCUAGCGGUCGUCUUAGCGCCUUGGCACCCCUCCAAUGGCUCGUGAACGUGCGACAGCCUCGCGUUUGCUGCGAGACUGUCUCACACUUUUGUCUCAACUUCCCACCUUUCCACCUAUCUACAUUCCACAAAAUGAUGGACUUCGGAUCUGUCGGCUUCGACUUCGACCAUUUCAUCGAAAGACGAUAUGCGAGUACGAGAUCAGCAAACUUCAACUUCGAGCCCAUUCCGCUCCUCCCAGACGAUGUCCCUCCCGAAAUUCGCAAACACGUCGAGGCGAUUGUCGGAAGCAUCGAUGUUGUUUCAGUCAGAGCAUUACUUCUUCGCGCGGUCAUCGAUCAUGAACGCCAUAUUGGAAAGCUGGUAUCCGUCCAUUGUGAGACAUUCUCGAAGACAAGUGGCAGACUGUGGAAGUGCAGGGACGAGACACACAAAUUCGCUGGAGACAUAAACCAUGCAGUCGACACCCUCGACAUCCUAAUGGUGGAAAGAUUGCUGGUCGACGCCGUCCUCACCUUUCGCAAUGUUGCUUCUCGCGUAUCAGCAGAAUCCAAGCGUCGAUCAAGACAGAUGCACGUAGCUCUCGCUGAUAUCCAAUACCAUCACGACCUGUGUCGAGCAAUGGUUCGAGAGCUGAGUCAAGAAUGGCGGGGCAAUCGCAGAAAUCGAGGUGGUUUGGCACAAAGUCCUCUUCCUGGCGCACAUCUGUCUUAUGGUGCUGCAUCCGAGAUCGCUUCUUCUCUCUCCAAGCUCCCUCUGAUCAUGCAGAGCGUUCCUUGUUGGGAAACACGUCGAAAUACCAUGCUCACAUACCAACGCAUUGCAGACACGUUGGUCAACGAACUGCUAAGCUGCGAGGAGUCCUUCUGGAGGAGUCUGCUUCUGCCUUUGAUGCUGCACACAAGUUGUUGUAUGACAUCUGAGGAGCGGAAGCGUUAUGUCCAUGAAGGAUUUUAUUAUGGUCUUCUCAAGUUGUGCCCUUUCCUGCCUAUGGGAGACGCCAAUGCUCUGUAUCGUCAAUUCCCCGUCGGAUCUGAAAUGAUCGAGCGGAGUCGAGCUGAAGAACUUGCCAUGGCAAUACGAAAAUUAGAACUGCGACGAAGACAAGCUGCCUCUCUUGUACGCCAAGCACCCCGACUUCCCGGCCCUCCAAUCCGAAUAAACAAGACUUCGAAGAGACGACGCCGAUCUGACGGAAGGGCUGCUGUGAGGAUCAAGGUGGAGUAGGACUGCACACUGAGAGUCGGGUUGGCAACCAUCAUUCAGGCGGAUUGCGGGGUACAUUACAAGAUGGCGUUCAGGUUGGGCAAAAGUUUACCAUGGCCAAUUUUGAGGUUAGGGAUGGGAUAAAUGGCGUUCGUGGUUGGGACUAUACCCUCGGCACGGACCUGUGUACUGUGUAGUAAGUCUGUAUUGAAGAAUUGCAUCCAAAC